UUUUUUUUUUGGAAAAAAAAAGCCAUGUACCAACCACCUGCACAGUACACGGAUUCACCAGAAGAGCAGCAGAAAUAUUAUCCUCCCCCUCCUACAAAUGCAUACACUCAGCAACCUUAUGGUGAACAACAAAGUUAUCAACCUACCCCACAACAAGCUUAUGGGCAACAACCAAACUAUGGACAGCAGCCAAACUACAUUCAACAGCCAAAUUAUAGUCAACAGCCAAACUAUAGUCAGCAGCAAUCAACAAACAAUUUUGGUGCUCCUCCACUCGAUCAACAACCUCAUAGUGGAACAGAUAAGAAGUCAAAACUUCCUUCAGGAUGGAAUGAUGUAUGGGCAACCAUUCUUUGGUUAUGUAAUCUCGGUGCUUUUAUUGGUUUAGCAGUAGUAGGCAUUCAGACUUACAUUGGUAAAAAAGGGUCUUAUGGUGGUACACAAUCAAAUAAUGCGUAUCCUGGCUUGACAUUUGAUACCGACACACUCAAAAUCUUUGGUUUUUCUGGCAUCGUAGGCUUCGGUAUUAGUUUUAUUUAUCUAAUUAUCGCAAAUAUGUUUCCUCGACCUUUGAUCUAUAUCACAUUUAUCGGAUCAAUUCUGGUUUACUUUGGUGUUACAAUUUACUAUUUUGUUGUACACUAUUAUUCUGCUGCUAUUGUGUUUUUGAUCUUUUCUGUGUUGUAUGUCUUUUGCUUCUUUUGGUGGAGAAGUCGAAUUCCAUUUGCAACAGUCAUGUUGGAAACAAUUACAAGUAUUACGCGAAAAUACCCAACUACAAUAUUGGUUGGUUUUAUCUCACUUGUCAUUCAAACAGCCUUCAGUUUCCUAUUUAUGUUUACAGUAAUUGGCAUUUACCAAGCUUGGUAUAGUUCCAGUAGUAAUAACUCAAAGCUAAACUGUGCCAUGGUAUUCUUGGUGUUCUCGUUCUAUUGGACAUCUCAGGUAAUCACUUAUGUGACACACGUCACUCUUGCAGGUCUGUUUGCCACUGUUUAUUUCUUGAACGAUGGUAUCCGUCAUCCUAUUUGGGGAAGUGCUAAAAGAGCAUUAACUACCAGUUUUGGCUCUAUUUGUUUUGGUGCAUUGUUGAUAGCUAUCAUCAAUUUGGUUCGAUAUUUUCUGCAAAUUGCAAGAGCAAAUGUAGACAACGCAUGCAUGUCAUUUUUUAUUUGUAUUAUUCAAUGUAUUGUCAAUUGCGCAGCUGGUUUAUUUGAAUGGUUUAAUUACUAUGCCUUUAGCGGGGUGGCUAUCUAUGGAAAAGCCUUUGUGCCUACUGCAAGACGCACUUGGACCUUGGUUAAAGAUCGUGGUAUUCAAGCCAUGAUUAAUGACAAUAUUAUAGGCAAUGUCUUAUUUAUGGGUGGUUUGUUAGUUGGGGUACUUUGUGGUCUACUAGGCUAUAUUUAUCUCAUCGUUACUCAACCUGCUUAUAACCAAAAUGGCAAUAUGACACCCGUGGUUGUUAUGAUGUGCUUCUUGGUUGGUGCUUCUAUGUUUUCUUCGAUUUCCACUGUAAUAUCAAGUGGUGUUGCUACCACAUUUGUAUGUCUUGCAGAGGAUCCUGAUGCUUUGAGAAGAUCUAAGCCAGAAUUGUAUGAAAAGAUGCGAGAAACUUGGCCUCGUAUCGUGCAAGGCGUCUAAGUUUACCUAACCAAUAAUAUAUAUAUUUAUAUUUAAUGAUAAACAAUUUCAACUUAUUCAGAAUAAAUAGUUCAAUAUUGAAAAAGAACUACUUCAAAGUCGUUAUUGAGGGUAUUAAAAUACAUCUCUUUAAUGGAACAAAC